AUGUUUGCAUAUGGAGGAUGGAACAACGUCAAUUUCCUAAUAGAGGAGGUGAAGAACCCUCGGAGAAACGGCCCAUUGUCGAGUAUCAUCGGUGUAGCGAUAGUUGCUGUUGUCUACAUCCUCACCAACAUCUCCUACCUUGCUGUCAUGACCCGUCAGGAGCUGUAUCAGUCAUCGGCUGUCGCACUGACCUGGGGAGACAGGGUCCUGGGUUCAGCCUCCUGGAUUAUUCCGAUCUCUGUCAUGAUGUCAGUGUACGGCAGCGCUAAUGGUGGGAUGGGAACAGCUUCUAGAAUACAGUUUUCAGCAGCCCGUGAUGGGAACUGGUGGGAGUUCCUGUCCUAUGUCAACGUGAAGAGGUACACGCCCAUGCCAUCAAUCAUUUGUCACGUGCUCAUCUCUGCCUUCAUGACGCUACAGGGAACCGUCACCAGCCUCAUCAACUUCCUCAGCUUCACCCAAUGGGCCUUUUACUGUACCUGUGCUCUAUGUUGUCUUGUGCUGAGGUUCAAAAUAAAAGACGACCCGAAACGAAUAAAGGUUCCAAUCCUCAUCCCCAUCUUCUUCAUGCUGUGGUGUCUGUUCCUGGUCGUGGCACCUAUUGUAGAGAAUCCCCAUAUUGAGCUACUGUAUGCAACCAUAUUCGCUGUUGGUGGCCUUGUCGUCUAUUUCCCACUCAUCCACUUCAACUUGAAACCGAAAUGGUUUGAAAAGAUAGAGAUGUAUCUUCAACUACUGAUGGAGGUUGCACCAAGUAAAUACGUGGACUCAUACUAAAUAGAUGGACCACAUCUUCACAUAAUCAGAUUACAGAGAACAUUUGGAUGCCAAAAAGGAAAAACUGAGCCAGUUUGUACACGCCCAUCACUGUUCGAGCUUCGUCGCAACCUGGACCUGAGUGCAUUCCAAGCCAAUCGCUUUGAGUAAGCAAACCCAGUUUGAAGCUCACCCUCUUCUCCUCUUCCAAAUUGGCGACGCAACUCCUACUUAAUUGCCUCGCCCUAAGGAAGAACUGUUGGUGAAAAUGAGGAACAAACUGAGGAAGUUGCAAUGUUAGCUGCUUAUUUACAAGUUGAUCCAGUCAGCUGUCAAACUCAACUUCCUGCGGCCGCCAUUUUGGUUUGGGACAAAAGCGACCUCAGCCAGCGAUUUGUGCGACUCAAAUUGCCUAGGUCCCGAUCCACAAAGCGUUCGUAACGUUACGACCUGUCGUAACCCCAUACUUUAUCAAAAGUCUUGCGAAAGUCGUAGCGCUACAAACGUUUGGUGGACGGGAUCCUGGACUUAAGCACCACAUGCUUUACAUCGCAUACAAGCGGUUUGUAUUUACAACGCACCUCGUCUCUAUCGCCAUGGCCAUCACAGAUAUUCACCCUGGUGACGACGUCAGAGGACUUUGCAUUUCCCUGCUUUUCUUUGUCUCAUCUGAUAGGCUUCUGUACGUCAACAGACUGAAGAAUUUCGAAGACGAAUAUCUUCAGACGGUAGCACGGGUAGCUGUCUCUUCCAGCCAGUAUCUCACCUGUGAUGUUGCUGUCACGUUUGUAUUUAUCAGCGGUAACUAAUAAUUAUUGUUCUAACAACCAGGUGUAAAAAAACAUGCAUUCGUUGUUUUACUAAUCCUUUUUCUUCAAUAAUUUAUGAAACACAAUACAUAAUUAAUGUUACUUUGUUGUUAUAGCUAAUCUUUUACCAGUCGACUGAAACGUGUAUCUCUGUAAAUACGAUACUUCCGAAAUAAAUUUAUUUCCACG